GUUCGUGUGGGUGAUCCACCAGCCUCAGGCGCAGCAGCUGGAGAGGUGUGCUGCUUCCCUGCGGAAGAAGCAGGUGUGGAGGGCUGCACCUCAAGUACAACUGCUGCAGAAGCGUUACUGCAGGUGAUCAACCUCGAGGUGAAUUCCAACUUCAGCCUUAUCCAGGCUCCCGGCGGGGCAGCGGCUGCUUGGGAGGAGCUGCUCUUACCGUUUAUCGGUCCUGAAGUUUGGCGUGCUGAGAUAGAUGACGUGGCCAAAGCUGUGUUUUUCGUGCAGCAGUGGGCCGAUGAAUUCUUCGGGCCAGGAAAAAGCGCGAUGCGCCAGGGCGUAAAGACACCGGUGGAGCUCCGCACCACGAGCUCCGGUGUGAUAUUCAAGUUUCGGCCACUGACCGCCAAGGAGGAUUCUUUCGACUCCCUCGAGGAGGGCGGUCUGGAGUUCGUGGUGGAG